AGUAGCAGUAGCAGUAGCAGAUGAACACAGUAGUUAUGAUGAUCUGUUUUCCUUUGAAACUGCUGCUAUUUGCUGUAGUAGCAGGAGUUAGCUCUCAGUCCUACCCUAGAUUGGAGCUCAAAGGAAAAGGAAAUGUUCUGAGUGUUGCAGCAAUGGACAAGGUGACUGGUAUGAUGAGAUGGGGAGACAAGUCCAGCAGGGACCAGAUGGAGAGGGUGACCUGUAUGUCACUAGAGGAGAUGGAGUGGUCUAUCUCAAUCGCAGAAGAGGAGGACGUUCAGGAAUGUGGAGAUGUGAUAUACCUGAUAGUAAUGGUGUACAGCAGAGUAUCUAUGUCUACUUUGGGACACCAACUGCAGGUGAAUUGACAUCAGCAGUCAUGUACUUCACUCUGGACUCAGAGGCAAAUGAGGAUCCUCCUGAGUUCACUCUCACAUGUCAGAGUGAGGGAGGACCAGUCACAGAGGUGGUGUGGUGGAGGACUGCAGAAGGAAACACAGUGACAGUAGAGGAAGACAGUAACCACACCACCACUCAGAUCAUAGUGGACACAUCAAGUGACACUGUCUAUAAUAACACUCUGAGAGUCAGGGGAAGAGAGACAACAGUAACAUAUAACUGUACUGUGAGCAGUAAAAGGCAUGAGUAUGUCCAAAGUGACAUGCGUGCAUCAGCAAUGAGAAUCAUUCGAGCUGCCAUGGAACCUACAAGGGUCAAUGCUACCUACACCAAUACCACCAGUAUCUCACUAGAGUGGACAUUUGCCAGGGUACCCCUCUAUGACUAUGGCUAUGUGAUCUACUAUGAGUCUGGAGGAGAGAGUCACAGUGUAUCCUUCACUGUCAGUGGGAGAUCCAGAGACAAUAGUCAUCUACUGACUGGUCUUCCAGUUGGAGGGAUCCGCACUAUCUCUCUAGUGGCUCUGUUAGACCUUCCCAGUCGUGUGGUUGGACCUGUUGCUCCUGUAUCAGCAGAGCAUCCAGAAGUG